UCAAAGUUUACAUUGACAUUUCUGCAAGGUAUCUACUUGACAAAAACGACGACACUUAUUGAAACGUGUGACCCGACCGAUUCGAUCAAGUACAAACCAAAACUUUUCUUCUUCAGUUGUAGUUUUAGCUCGCCAGCUUAAACCCUUGUAGCAGCGAUUCAAGGAAUUGGAAGAUUUCUUGCCCAUUGCGAGAAGUCCAGCUGAACAGUGUGUAAUGGGGGUGGUGGGCAAAGCAGGGGAUUGGACAUUUAAGGCGUUCUCGGCGGGGCUGGGCGUUGCCACCAUUUUCUUUGCAGCUUCUUUCUCCCUCAACGUCUACCGUGGUCUCUCUUGGCAUAAUCGCCAAUCGCCGAGGGUCUUUCCGAAACAGCCUUUCUACGCCUUCGGGGUAGAGGUAAGAGGAUUGAGAAGGAAGGAUCUAAAGUCCUGCAGCAGCAAGAAUGACGGUUUUAGACGCCCUACACUUUUACCUCACGUUGCAAGCCGAGGUCAUAAUAUAAGUUCUGAAUCUUUUUACAUUAAAAUAACUUGAAGCCGAGUAUGAUUUACACAUUCUGUCAUUGUUAUUCAUUUACUGUUGGUGGCCACAUAAUUGUGGAGUUGUAAUUCUAAGUAGCUAUUUAAUUAUAGCAGCUGCUGGCUGUUAAAAUGGAGUUGGAACGAUGUUUGAAAUUCGGAUGACGUGAAUUGAAAUUAUACAAUCGGAUUGAACUGAUUAUUCGCUUA